CUCAAUCCUUCCCGUAGCAUCAUAUAUUUCAUGAUUAUCAUCAUUAGGAAGACGUUGAAUCAUGCGGGAGCCGAAUGGACCAGCAGAAAACCAAGUGGCAUUGACACCAAGUCAGAGUCCACCAUAGACUGCGGAAUCCCGUACACCACGACGACCCUGAUAUGGAUCAUUUACCAAACUCAGUUAGUCGCACGAAAUUUAGCUUCCGUUAACCAUUGAGGCACUCAUAAUUUAGGAAAAUCUCUCUACACGUAUACCAGCAUCCGGUCGGGUCGGAUCCAGAGUUCUGGGCGGACUGUGGACACUGGAGAUGAUUGGCACUCCACCCCGGCGACUCCCAAGAGACUGCGGCGGAUGAACCAACUUGUCUUCUAACACAACCCGGAGAACCAGUUCGCGGACGCUGAAUUCUCCUUGAGAGCUCAAGGACUCAUAAUUUCAAGAUGCAAAAGAAUGCUUGCCUCUCAUGCCGUACUUCCAAGCUUCGUUGCUCGUUGGAGACAUUUGCCGAGCAUAACAAGUGUAAGCGCUGCUUCACCAACAACAACGAAUGCAUUUUCAAGACCGUUGCGCCAAGGCAAAGGAGGAAGCGCACCGACACGCGCGUCACGGCUUUAGAGCGACGUCUCGCAGAGCUGCAGGCCUCAAUAGACUCUCAAAGAUUGAGACAGAACGACAGUGGCGUAGUGCACACAACUCCCAGCAGGAAUCUUCUCCAGGCACCGAUAUCUCAGCCGAUUAAUGGUACAUAUGCUAGUGGGACUGCAACUCUAGUUGAAGACAGAAAGUGGCUGCCUCAAGAACAAGAGGACAAACUGGUGGAAAAUUGUCACUUGCAGUCGUCGCUGGAGACGGUAUUCGCCUCGAAUAUACUAUCAACAAGCAAAGCCAUAGCUUUAUUCAACGACUUUGCCAGCAAUGUCAUCACUCAGUAUCCAAUCGUGGCAUUUUCCAGUCACGAAACCUUUGACUGGCUGAGGAGACGCCAGCCCACGUUACUCCUCGCCGCCAUCACCGCAGCAUGCAGAGCAUCUGAACCAGUCAUCUUUCGAAAACUUCAUCUCCAUUUACGAGGUGACCUAUCAGAGCAGGUCAUGGUCCGUGGGCACAAGUCUGUUGAGCUGGUCCAAGCCAUUCUGGUAAUGGUUGAGUGGUACGACACACCCGACGACAUGGUGCAAUUGAACUUUUACACAUGGAUCCAGAUUGCAGGCCUGAUGGUGCGUGAGCUGGGCCUCUGGCCGUGGAGCGAGGAUAUUUCACCCGUGGAGCAUACCGCCGUUGAGUGGCGCACGUCAUUUGCUGCCUAUCUAACCAUAUCGAUUGCCGCUGUCAGCCUCCGUCGACCCAUGUCAAUGGUUUGGACUGAAAGUAUGCGAAAGGGUUUGGAUGCCUUUGACAAGAAUAGUGUGCACGGCAAUGACAAACGAUUGGUUGCGUGGGUGAGGCUGCAGAUGAUAGCAGGGGGCGUUGAAGCAUUGAGAAUCAAGGUAUCAUUGGCACAGCCUGGAGCUGAUGCUGCAAGUCCUGUCGAUCAGCAUACUAUCUCGUCACUAGAGAGCCGUUUUGCUAGAUGGAGAGAUACUGCUCAACCUGUACUGAACGGCUCACUCCGGAUGCAUUUCUUUUACUGCCGCGUCAAGUUUUACGAGCUAGCCGUCACAUGCAGUCCAACACGGUCAACAACACACACAGGGACGCAGCCACCGGCCUUGGCAGCUGCUCGGGAUAUGGCCUGCAUCCGAGCCAUCAUGUCUCUCAUACAGUCUAGUCAUUCAGCUCUGGAUACCCUGGUACUUUUUGACAUUGCAACGUAUCGCCGCUGUCCCACCGUCACAAGCAUCCGGGCACUUUAUGCACUGCAGGAGAUUAUCACAGUAUGGAAGUCAGUAUACCAUCAACGGGGGUAUCUGUCCGAGUUUGUGAACGAGGAGGUGCUGGCACUCUCGUUCUACGCCAGGCAGACGGAAGAGUUCUUUAAGCAGGCAACGGGAACAGAGGGAUUCGGCAUUCCAAAAAUGGCACUCAACGCGCUGGCCAAUGUCUUGCUCUCUCUCGGAGAUAUGAAGAGUCACAAGAAACCGCACCGGGUGCAGCAGCCGGAACUUGUUGGCCAAGAAAAGCAGCAGGGACCAGCCAAGGCGCCACGUCGGAUGGCCAAUGACCUGGACGUAAUCUUAGUUAUUGACCUGGGCAACAUCCAGGCGCCAUCUGCGGAGCAGGUCCAGGUCCAGAGCCAGGGCCAAGAACGGGAGCAAGACCGGGACUGGGAUGAUGUGCGAUCGGAUACAACACUAGAGUGGCCGCCGAGGUUUGCCAAUGAUGGGUUCAGCGUUACGCUGGGAGAUGUGCUUUUAGCACCAGAAUUAGAAGCCAUGACGGCUCCAGAUUCGGUAAUUGACCCGGGCUGGUUAUUGUCAGAGUGACGGUGAGUGUGUCGAUCUGGUUGAUCCAUGCAACUGCUGUACAUGCGAGAUGGGAAUAUGCACGCAGUAUGCAGUGAUGUUUUGAUGGGGAAUAGGGUGGUCAACCGUGGAAGCGCUUGGAUAAGUGGUUACGAAGUAAUGAGACAGAUUUUGUUAGCCGACGAAUCAGACCCUGUCCAUCAUUUCGUUUCCAUGUUCACCCAUUCUCCUGUCGUUUUAAACGGUGACGAUGUGGUCUUGAAGAGUUAGUUCCCCGGUCACAAAGUGAAACCCGGCAAACAGACUAAUGCAGCGCAGACAAGGAUGCUGCUCUUUGAAGUGAGGCUGGAAAAAAGGAAGGCAAAGGAAGAUGUCACGCGGGGGCUCGUUAUUGGCC